UGUGUGUUUUUGUUGUUGAAAAUUUCGAGUUUUGUGUUUUAUUUUAUUUCAAUUUGUGAAAGAAGAAAUACAUAUUGGAAUUUUUGCUCACUAAAAAUAAAAUGUUAGUUAAAAAGUCGUUCCUCCUUUUAGUUAUCGCUGUAGCUGCAAUAAUUACAGCAGAAGCUGAUGAAGCUGAAAAGCAGUUUGCCGUGGACUUGGAUCCGGAAAAGUUUGCCGAGGUCAUUGGAGCCGGCAACGUAUUUGUCAAAUUCUUUGCGCCAUGGUGCGGCCACUGCAAACGUCUGCAACCCUUGUGGGAUCAAUUGGCCGAAAUAAUGAAUGUGGAUGAUCCCAAGGUUGUUAUUGCCAAGGUCGAUUGCACACAGCAUCAGGCACUUUGUGCCGAGCACGAGGUCACUGGGUAUCCUACACUGCGUCUCUUUAAGCUUGGCGAGAAAGAUUCGGUCAAGUUUAAGGGCACCCGAGACUUGCCGGCAAUCACUGAUUUUAUUAAUCAGGAAUUGAACACCCCAUCCGAGGCGGAAUUAAACGAAUUGAAGGCUGACAAAGAAGAAGAUGCUACUAAUGAAAUCGUCGAGGAGGGAAAUACCAAUCUUGGCAAAGUCGUAGAGCUCAAAGAGGAUACUUUUGCCAAACAUGUAUCCAGUGGCAAUCAUUUUGUGAAAUUUUUUGCUCCUUGGUGCAGUCAUUGUCAGCGUUUGGCACCCACCUGGGAGGAUUUAGCCAAGGAAUUGAUUACCCUGACCUCAGUGACGAUUUCGAAAAUUGAUUGCACACAGUAUCGAUCGAUUUGCCAGGACUUUGAAGUUAAGGGCUAUCCCACACUGUUGUGGAUCGAAGAUGGCAAGAAGAUUGAAAAGUAUUCCGGCUCACGGGAUCUGCCCACAUUAAAGGCUUAUGUGGAAAAGAUGAAUGGUGCGCCAACUGAUGGUGGUGAUAAUGCUGCUGAUGCCGCAAAUGAGGUAGCCAAAGAGGAGGAGCGCGAUGAGGCAAAGAAACUGACUCCACAGCAAUUGAGCGGUGAGACGGAAUUCGAUAAAACUAUUGCCAAUGGCAUUGCCUUUAUUAAAUUCUAUGCCCCAUGGUGCGGUCACUGCCAGAAGCUGCAACCCACUUGGGAGCAGCUCGCCGCUGAAGCACAUGCAAGCAGCUCGGACAUACGCAUUGCCAAGGUCGACUGCACGGCGCAGGAGAACAAACAGAUCUGCAUUGACCAACAGGUUGAGGGCUAUCCCACUCUUUUCCUUUACAAGAAUGGUAAACGACAGAAUGAAUAUGAGGGUAGUCGCUCUCUGCCCGAGCUCCAGGCCUAUAUCAAGAAAUUUAUAAGCCACGACGAGCUGUAAGUUCAAAAACUAUUCGUGCGAGCAAAAAAGAACAACAAUCUAAGAACUAGAAAAAGACGGUCGAAAAAACCCAAAUUUAUCGCCAAAGUAAUAUAUAAUGUCUCUCUCUCUCUCUCUAUCUCUCUCUCUCUCAUUGUUUUUAGCCCCGCCCCAUCCUCCAUCCUCAUGUCCCUCUCUUAAUGUUUUAAUUACCUUCUGGAGUCUGAAAAUUGAUUAAAAAUAGGUUUUGUGAUUGCAUUUACCUUGUCAUCAUCCCAAUAACCCUAAACAUGUGUGUUCUUCCAAUGACAAUUUGUUGUUUUUUGAUGUUUUUUCAUUUGUGUCUGGGAUGUAUCUAAGGCCAUUUAGUCAUUAUAAAAAAAAGAAGUAACGUGAUCUUCAGAAUAAAGAGAUUUUUAAUCAAA